AUGGCAAAGCAAAAUAAUACGUGCUUCGGCGUUCUGGAACCUUUUGAUGGCGGGGAUUUUAUAGAUUACAGUGAGAGACUGAAUGCAUAUUUUAUUGCAAAUAACAUUGGCCAAGUCGCAACAGAGGCAAAUGAAGCUGCAAAACAAGCUGCAGAUAAAAGGAAAGUCGCCGUAACUAUUUCGGUGAUGGGGAAAAGCACAUACAGUACAUUGAAAGAUCUCUGCCUUCCUGAUUUACCAGCUGAAAAGUCGUACGAAGAAAUUAUUACAAUACUCAAACGAUUUUACAAACCGAAAGUACUCGAAGUCGCAGAGACGUUACCGAUUUCAUCAAGCAGUUCAAACGGAAAGCGAAAGUGUAGCUCAAUAUGCAAACAAACUGAAACAUUUAGCUGUUCAUU